AUGAUCUCUCAGGUUUUCAUCUUAGCUGCUUUGGCAGUGGCUGCUUUUGCCAGUCUUCAUCAUGAGCCUAUCCACCAUCCACAGCCAUUCAAGUUUGGUUAUAGCAUUAAAGAUAAGCACGGAGAACAACACCGAGAAGAAGUUGGUGAUGGCAAGAACGUGAAGGGAAGCUACGGGUUCACUGAUGCCAGGGGAAUCAAGCGACAAGUCAAUUACGUCGCUGACCACGGCGGUUUCAGAGCUGAGGUCAAGACCAACGAACCUGGAACAGCCAACCAGAACCCAGCAGCCGUCCAUAUCAUCUCCGACGCUCCUUAUGGACAUGGAGGAUAUGCCGGAGCUGGAGGACUCGGAUAUGCUGGAGGUGCAGGAUAUGGAUAUGGUGGUCUUGGAGCUGCCGGAUUCGGAUAUGGAUAUGGUGGUCUUGGAGCAGCCGGUGUCGGAUAUGGAAAUGCUGGUCUUGGAGGAUAUGGAGGUUAUGGCCUCGGAAAUGGAGUUUUCGGUGGUUUAGGUUAUGCCCGAUAUGGGUUUUAG